GAUGAUCAACCCUCAGAUAUACCUUCACUACAACUACACGGGAAAGCUGGACCACCGGCCCACCGUCGGCUCAAGCGGCGGCGCUGUGGACACCAAAACCAUUGUGUUCCUCAUCAUAUGCAGCUUCAUUGUUCUUGAGAACCUCACCCGUGCUCGUCGCCAUAUGGAGAGAAACCACCGCUUCCACAACCGCAUGUACUUCUUCAUUGGCAACCUGGCGUUGUGCGACAUGCUGGCUGGAAUAGCUUACCUGGUCAACCUUCUGCUGUCCGGAGAGAAGACGCUGCAGCUUUCACCUGCUCUCUGGUUCAUCAGAGAGGGCAGCAUGUUUGUUGCGCUAGGCGCAUCCAUCUUUAGCCUCCUGGCUAUUGCAAUAGAAAGACACCUGACUAUGAUCAAAAUGAGGCCUUACGAGGCCAACAAGAACUACAGAGUGUUUCUGUUGAUAGGAACCUGCUGGGUGAUUGCGGUUUCUCUUGGAGCUUUGCCCAUCCUCGGAUGGAACUGUCUCGAGAACCUCCCCGAUUGCUCCACGGUGCUUCCCCUUUACACCAAGAAGUACGUUGCUUUCUGCAUCACAGUUUUCAUGGCUUUGCUCUUGGCCAUCUCAGUCCUUUACGUCCGAAUCUACAUCCUGGUCAAGUCCAGCAGCCAAAAGGUCAGCAAGCACAGCAACUCUGAGCACGCCAUGUCCCUUCUGCGCACCGUCAUCAUUGUAGUCGGAGUGUUCAUCGCUUGCUGGACACCCAUUUUUGUCCUGCUCCUGGUGGAUGUGGCAUGCGAGCAGCGCAGGCGCUGCUCCAUCCUCUACAAGGCCGACUGGUUCAUCGCGGUGGCUGUGCUGAACUCGGCCUUGAACCCCAUCAUUUACACUCUGGCCAGCAGGGAGAUGAGGCGGGCCUUCAUCGGUUUGGUGUGCGGCUUGUGCUACAGGGCGAAGGCAUCCGUAAAUGGCAGCGGGGCACGACCGUCUCUGGAGCCCAGCCGUAGCAGGAGCAAGUCGUGGAGCAGCCAAAACAACCCAAACCCGAACCAACAGAGCCUUAGACAGGCAGAACCGGAGAAGGAUCGGGAGACAGCCUCGGUGGGAGAAGUUGUGGGCAGAGAAGCUGCUGAGGCUGUUCCUCAAGAGUGACAGGAUGACGGGAAGCAUGGUUCCAGAAUGGUUCCGGAUGACAAACAGAACAUGAGGCAAUUUGAAAUGAAGAAACUGUUGAAUGUCUGGCUGCAGGACAGUGUUUUUUUUUCUGUGUUAAAACAAACUUAAACAAACCUGAACAAAUCAGUGAAUAAAGAGAAGAGGCAUCAAUACACAAUAGACACAGCAUCUAUCACACGUCACCUUUCUAAGUGCUGGACAUCUGC